CAACAGUUUCCCGUUCGCCAUUUUGCUUUCCGUAUCACAAGAGUCUGUCAAGAAUUCCCCGACAUCUGCCUAAUUUUGCCGAAAUGGCAGUGUGAACGUGUGCAGCGACCCAGCAGCAGCCAACAAAACAGUGCAUCCAACCAGUGCACUGAAUUACUUCAAAUUCAGCAAAUAUGUCGUCCCACGUGGAAACCCUCAGCACUGCUGCAAACGACAGCAAAGAGUUCGGCACUCUCAUAUCGUUGUCACGUACCCCUCUUGUGACCAACAACAGCCACUAUGACCAUGAUGAUGACAAACUCACUGUUUGGCCUGGAAGACAUGGAGGCUCUUCUGUGGACGCCUUCCUCUCCCACGGCUGACGCCGCGGGCUCAGCUGCGUUUCACCCUGACCGAGAGGACCAUCACAAAGGAGGACGAACCUCAGCGGAUGGAGUCGCAUCACCAGUGUCACCAUUCAACUCCUCAUUUCUGUCUUCUUCUUCCUCUCCCCUUCCCUUCUAUUCUCCCCCUCGCUCGCCGCCGGCUGUCCUCCAGGGGAAAACUGAGUUUUCAUCUGAUCCACUUCAGUUCCCCUGGUCAGACCAGUUGAGAGAUACAGAGGUGGUCUCAGCUGACGGCAAAGAUGAUGUGUUUGGUGACCUGGACUGGAUGGCUGAAAGAGUGGAUCUGAGUGACUUGGACCUGGACUCCCUGAUAGGCACCUGCAGUCCUAAUGAAGAGAAUCCCAGUGAUCCAGAUGACCUCCUGGCCACUUUUGAUUGCCCCAUUGAGCUCGACUCACUCCCGAUACCCUCUCUGUCAAGUCUUGCCGAUCCUUCACCAGACGUUCGUCACCCGCCCUCUGUUGAUUCUGACCUAGUUAUCUCCUUGGCAGAACCAGUCUCCCAAAACAAUCCGUGCGAUGUUCCCUCCCCUGUCCCAUCUAUCCCAGAACUCCAAGAGGAGUUCGAAAUCAAAUCUGAAACCACUCCCGCUGACUCCCCAAGUUCUUCCUCAUCACGUGUCGAUUCUCCCUCAUCCCCGGCUUACACCCUCGACUUGGGGAGUGAAGUGGACGUUCCCAUGGAGGAGGUGAAGCCAGUGGUAGCCGCAGUGUUGCCUCAAGUCCAAAGGGUUGUACUUUCCCUUUCACCGACCCGAAUUGUCCUUGUGUUGGCUUCGAAAGAUGACGCGACUGCGCCCUCCGCCGUAUCCACUCGGUCCAAUAUUAGUCAUUCUUUUUCUUCCGCAGCGUCGCCCCUAACAAGGUCCCCCAGAGCCAGACCAUACCCAGAUCCCAAACCAAAAGAUAAACCACCUUUGCCCACAGUUCAAGUCAAGUCGUCUCCAGGUGCAGAUGAAAGAGGAAGAUUGAAGGCUCCAAAGAACAAGAAAUUAAAGAAGAUGGAGCAGAAUAAGACGGCAGCCACUCGCUAUCGGCAGAAAAAGAAGGUGGAGCAGGACGCCCUGUCGACCGAGCACUCCACGCUGGAGAGGAAGAACGUCGAGCUGAAAGAGAAGGCCCAAUCUAUGGCACGAGAGAUCGAGUACCUCAAAGAGCUCAUGGAGGAAGUCCGUCUGGCGAGGUCGAAAAGCGGAGUCUGAGCACUGACGGGUAGUAUGGAAGGCGUUGCGCGCAUAGUAUUCACGAUUUUAACUUAAGCGCACGCUAUCACCUUUCUUCUAGUAUUUAAAAUGGAUAAGAGUAGCUUCGGUACACUUUGAAACAUGUUCCACAAGUCGAUAGGUGUCAUUAUAUAUAGUUGGGUCUUUUAAGCUCUUUUAAAUAUGUAUUACUAAAACCAUCUGUAUUAUGACUUGGAAAUAAAAAUGAAAUGUAUUA